AUGGUUUCCGUGGAAACUGUUCAGGGUAGCUCUAAAUGCACUGAAUCAAAUUCAAGUCCCCGGAUUUCGUUCUCUGCUGAUUUUCUUGAUGAAAAUAACUUCAUUUCUAUAUGUCCAAAUACUCAGGCAGAGAAAAAAGAAAGAGAGAAAGCAUUUAACGCGGAAUUUGAGUUUCUUUCGGCGAAUUUAACGAGCCAAAACAUGAUAACUGCAGACGAGCUUUUCUCCGAAGGUAAGUUGCUUCCUUUUUGGCAAAUGCAUCACUCUGAGAAACUCAACAAGAUUAGCCUCAAAACGGAGAAAGCUGAAGAGGUAACGGGUGGAAAAGAUACGAAUAACAAGGAAGAAACCAGAAUAAGUUGGUUUCCUGAUGAUGAUCCCUCUCCUAGACCUCCUAAAUGCACUGUUUUAUGGAAGGAAUUAUUAAAGUUGAAAAAACAACGCGCUUCUACCUUGUCUCCGUCUUCAUCUUCCUCCUCAUCCUCUUCCAGAGGCUCACUGGUCGAUGUGCCUCCAGUCGAUGAAUGUAAAGAACGGGUUGGACCUCGGGACAAGACUGUAAAGAGAAUCAAGAAAGGGCUGGACAGAACAAGAUCGACCAGUAUGCGUAUAAGACCAAUGAUCAAUGUGCCUAUUUGCACACAAGGAAAAAACAGUGCGUUGCCUCCCCUUUUCUCCAUAAGGAAAGGAAGACUAGAAAGGUAA